AAUGUUGAAACUAACCUUGAGUGCCUGUUCCUCAUCGGCCUACACGAACCAACAUAGACUGCACAAACACCUCGCCUCCACGGACGCCAUCCGCACUAGGCGUUUUUUACUCUUCAAACCGAGCCCCUCCUUUUCAUAUAUACCACUUAAGAGCCUUGCUUGUCUAUUAUGGAUGUCGAUUCUCAGGAACACAAUCUACCAUUGCAACAGAGCGAUCAGGUCGACGCCACGGAGGCGAAUCUCAACGACCAAUCAUCGCCAUCAAGGGGAGAGGUGCUAAAGAUUCUGGAUCAGACCAUCCACGACGGCGGCGCUGUAAAGUACACGGUCUUAUGGGCGAGCGGGGACACCUCAGAGGAAUCUGUCGAAGCGCUCGGCAAAUGGGACGAUCUCGUUCAGGAAUACGAGCACAGCCAAUUUUCUAAAUCGGAGGUCAAGUCGCAUACGCCGUCACCGCCGCCAACACGAAAAUCUGCUGCCAAGGGCGACAGCGACGCAUCUAAACGGAGGUCCUCAGUAACAGCUCGACCCACAAGGACAAAAGCCAGAGCAAAUGUGCAAUACUACGAGGGUGAGGACUCUGAUGACGGUGGUGAAUACUCUGGAUCGCGAAAUACCAAGAAAGUGGCUAGCAAAGCAAAGAAAGCGACAUCCAGCGGCGAUGAUGCCCAAGAUCAGGAUCAGGAUACGCCUCCCACAACAAAUCUCUCUGCACGCGGCUAUCCCAGAAGAGCCCAGGUAACUGUCAAGCCUCAGCCUUCUCUGGAGUCCUCAGACGAUUCCUCAGAGGAAAUAACACCCUUAAAAGCCAAGGGAGAGCGGAAGGCACCUUCAGCACCAAAGCCCAAAAAGACAAUUGUCGCUACAUCGACCGAGUCCGGCUUUGUUCAAGCACACCACCCUUUUUGUACGCGAUGCGGCCAGCGCGGCGAGGUAACGAAGAGGAAAACAAAAAAGAAGAGUGACGAUGAGGAGGACGACGAGCCUUUGGGGUCACUUUUGCUCUGUGAAUGCUGCUCAGCAGGCUAUCAUCGGGCGUGCCUGAGAAAGACGUAUACGGACAGUCUCAUCGGAACUGGUUUUCGAUGCGAGGCCUGCAUCAAGAGCAAGGGCGCCGAAUGUUUAGAGUGUCACGAGUGGGUUGGACGAACACCUUUGGCUACUGCAGCCAAGACACCCGAUGCGGCCAAGAUACCAGAGGCAGCUAAGCCAGCACCAAUUCCAGCCACGGAUGUCUCCUCAACCGGCGAUACACCGCUGCCGGAUACCGCCAGUUCUCCCAAACAAGAGUCUGAUCGAAUGUCUGAAGGGACCAGUUGUGAAAAACCGAGCGACAUGGAGAUUGACAAGGGCACUGCAUCAGAAGAAUCACAGCCAGAUGCGGCCAAGCCUGCAGAACCGACAUUAGAUGCCGACUCGAUCCUGUUUCGAUGCUUUCGAUGCACAUAUACUGCUCACGACAGGUGUCUUAAGCCAUUGUCAACCAUGGACAAGGGGGUUGAUAAAGCGCAGAUCGUCAAGCAUUAUAGGAAGGACUGGAAGUGUCACCAGUGUCUAGAGUGGGACCGAGAACUGGAGCACAUUCUUGCUUUCAGGGAUGUCCCGUUUCGUAAAGCAGAUUCGGAUUCACAGGACGGCGAUACAGAGAUGACUCCAGUCGACUCAGCCAAGUCGGAAGGAGGCACUGCUGCUGAAACAGGCACAAAAGAUGGCAGCACGUUCCCACAACCACCGAACACUACACGGGAGCUUCUUGUAAAGUGGAAGGCUAUGUCGUAUCGGAGGGUGACAUGGGUGCCGUACUACUGGGUCUGUCAGGUUGUGUCGCCGGUCAAGGUCAAGUCAUUUUGGAGGAAGACUCAGGGCCCAGCAGAGAUCUCGGACGUAAUACCGCAAGAGUGGACGCAGGUCGACAAAGUCUUGGAUGUCGUCUUUGAUGUUGAUUACGAUGGAACGGAGGACGACAUGGAUGCUCUUGAUCACAUCCAAACUGUUUUUGUGAAAUGGAAGUCAUUAGAUUAUGAUCAAUGCACCUGGGAUGAUCCUGAUGAGCCUGACAGUCCAGACUACCCUUCAUUCAAACAAGCAUUCAAGGACUGGUUAGCGGCACAAAAGAUUCAGAUCCCUGCACGAGCCAAGAAGGGGCGCUCAGGACCUCAGCCGAGACCAUCGAAUCAGGCUUCAUUCGAAGAGUUGAAGGAACAGCCUACCUUCGUGAGCGGCGGUACCUUGAAGGACUACCAGAUGGAUGGACUCAACUGGCUACGAUAUAACCACUGGAAGAAUGUCAACAGCAUUCUGGCUGAUGAGAUGGGUCUGGGCAAGACCAUUCAAAUGGUUGCGUUUGUGUCAACUCUCUUUCACCAGCUGCGCGCCUUUCCUUGCUUGAUCGUCGUUCCCAAUUCGACGUUGACAAAUUGGGUUCGCGAGUUUGCGAAGUGGGCCCCUGAUCUGCGAGUGGUUGCGUACUAUGGUCCCCAGAACUCUCGCUCGGUUGUUCGCGAUUACGAGCUCUUCCACCGAGGAACACAGGACCUCAAGUGUCAUGUAGUCGUAACAACAUACGAGAUGAUUGUCAACCCUGUAGACAGUGCCAUGUUCCGGAGAAAUUCGUGGGAGUGCCUUGUGGUGGACGAGGGUCAGCGUCUGAAGAACGAAAACAGUAUGCUAUUUGUCAAGCUAAACGAGCUGGUCAUCGAAAAUAGGGUCCUACUGACGGGAACGCCAUUGCAGAACAACAUCCGCGAACUGUUCAGCCUGAUGAACUUUUUGGAUCCAGUAAAGUUCUCUGAUGUGACGGAACUGGAGAAGAAGUACGAGAACCUGGACAAAGCCGCAGUGGAAGAGCUGCAUGGACUGCUGAAGCCAUUCUUUUUGCGCCGUACAAAAGAUGAAGUGCUCAAAGAUCUACCCCCCAAGAGCGAGGUUAUCGUGCCCGUAGGCAUGUCUGCUCUACAAAAGGAGAUCUACAAGGGUAUCCUGGCGCGUAAUCACAAGCUACUUCAGUCGAUCACCAACCGAGGCGGGACUGCCAGCACCCGAAAGGCGUCGCUGCACAACAUCUUAAUGGAACUUCGCAAAUGUUUGAACCAUCCGUAUUUGAUUGAGGGCGUAGAACCAAGGUACCUCGACACGGCGGAGCUGGUCCACAAGAGUCUGAUCGAGGCAGGAGGCAAGUUGGAGCUGCUCCACAACAUGCUCCCAAAGUUGAAGCAGAAUGGCCAUCGUGUGCUUAUCUUUUCGACAAUGACCCGGUUAUUGGAUAUCUUGGAAGACUAUCUCAAUGGGGAGCGGUACAACUUUGUCCGGUUAGACGGAGGCACAAGCAGUAGUGAUCGUCAAGCGAGGAUCGACAAGUUCAACGCUCCAGGAUCGGACGUCUUUGUGUUCCUGCUGUCGACGCGCGCUGGAGGCGUCGGUGUGAAUCUCGCUACCGCAGAUACCAUUAUCAUUUAUGACGUCGAUUUUAACCCUAAGGCCGAUAUGCAAGCCCUCAGUCGCGCUCAUCGUAUCGGUCAAAAGAACAAGGUCUUGGUCCUCAAAUUCAUGACACGAAACUCGGCGGAGGAGCGAAUCGUGCAGAUCGGCAAGAAGAAGAUGAUCUUGGACCAUCUGAUCGUGGAGCGAAUGGAGGACGAUAAUUUGGACCCUGUGGAUGUAGAGAGUAUUCUCAAGUUUGGUGCCAAAGCUCUUUUCGAGGAGGACUCUACUUCUAACGAAGACCUGAAGUACGACGACGCCGCUCUUGAGGCACUACUUGAUCGUAGCAAGAUUGAGCACACCUGGGACGAGAAUGACAAUGGUGAGACUAAGGUGAGCGGAUUUGGCUUCGCAAAGGUCUGGACCGACACCAAGGGUCUAGUGGAUGAGGACAUCCCGAUCGACGCUCCACCCGAGACCGAGGAGGAGGGAUUCUGGUCGACCUUGCUGCGCGAUCGACUGGCCAUGGCGUAUGCUCAAGAGGAGGAACUUUUGGGUCGUGGAGCCCGUAGGAAGACGGUCCUGUCCUACGCAGAGAACGGCAAUAACAACGAGAGUCCGCCCAACAAGAAACGCAAGGCUGGAAAGGAUGUGCCCUCAAAGGAAGAGGAGGACUAUAUUGACCAGGAGAUGGCAGGGUCCGACGUCGAGUCGGCUGAGUCGGACGAAGAUGUUGAUCCGAACAGCAUCAUGAGUGAGUUGGAUCUGAGCAGGCGAUUGAAGAAGAACAAGAUGGCAGCACAAGACCCGAACCAGUCUCCUAUGCAGCCUGGCGACAUGGAACUUAUGGACGAAGACGGUAGGCGGGGAUCAGUGAUCUUUGGGCCCGAUGGCACUGUUCUUGGUCAUGGAGGAAAAAUCAAGAAGGGGCGCUUAAAUCCUGGUUCGCCUUAUCCAAUGCAGCCAAUUCCCGGUAAUAUGCCGGGCGGAAGAAGUGUGUCAGCAAUGGAUGCAGCGAAUAGGAAGGCAGGACGAAAACCCCAGCCGUGUCUCGUCUGUCACCGGAGCCACCGAGACCGUUGUCCAGAGAGCCAAGAUAUACCCCUAGUACUGGAGCGGAGACAGCAAAUUGCCACCAGCAACUAUCCAGACAACUACAAGGCAUUGGCAUUGGCAACGCUGGACCGAUUCUUGCUCGACAAGCAGAUCACGCCUGCAGAACUACCAAAGGGAAGGGUGGCCAAGAGUCUCUCAGCCGCGGCCGCGCGACUCGGUGGGGCAGCCUAUCAAGACAGUCUCCGGGCCAUGUCGAUCGGCAAGGCCUUUGUACCGACCAUCACACCUGGUGCAUGCAUCGUGUGCAACCAAGUCCCAUACCACAUGCCCUUCAAGUGCCCAGAGAUGCGGAAUGUCCAGUUUAUGCAGGAGCGGUGUCGAUCGAUCACAUUGGACCCCACAAUCUCGGAUUCCAAGAAGCAGGAGUAUGUCUCGACCAUCAAGGCCCUUAUCUCCCGAGAGGCACCGCCAUCUCGAAGCAACCCACCGCCCUCGAGCACCGUACCAAAUUCACGACGCCAUGGAUCUUGGGUUGGCGGCAACGCAGGUCCAGGCCCUUCGUCUUCUCCGUCCACAAAUACUUUGUCGCGAGGCGUUCCCCCGUCAUCAACUAGUUCUGUGGCCGUGUCAGGGGCCCAGGCUAGCGGCGGACCGUCUGGACAUGCAUCCAAGCACUCUGGUGUGAGCUCGCGUUCGGGUGGUCACCAUAGCCAUACUCAGCACCAAGCAUACACAUCCCAGGUCCCGCAGCAGUUUAUGAGUUCACGAUCUAAGGACCAACACCAUUCCUCCAUGCCCCCGUCAGUUUCGGGGCCUGGAGGCGCACGGUCUGAAAGUCACCGGCAACGUGAGUAUGGCGCGUCAGGGUACCAGCCACGAAGUGUACAGCAGCAACACUCUUCAGCAACGCACUUGACGAGCGGCGCUCGUGAAAGCAGCAACUACCAGCCUCGCAAACCGGUUUACAGAAACGAGGAUGGGUCUGCCUUGGUACCUUCCGGACGUGGCGGCGGAUAUGGAUCGUCUUCUAUGCACUCUGGAUCUGGUGCACCACGUAGCGGACAGGAAUACGGCCAUGAAUCGUCUCAAGGAAUAGAGGCAGGAUAUGGUUCUGAGCGAGAGCGCAUAAGCUAUGGACACGUAGACGGCACGAGGCAUGAUGUGCACGCAGAUCGUGAGAGGAUGCAUCAUCAUCACGAAGGACGUGGGGAAGAGAUGGCGCGCAGGCAGCAUGAAUAUUCACAGACUGACAAUGGCUCGUAUGGUUCAGUUAUGUCAGACAGGAUAGGUCCUGAUCGGGUCUCUCAGCACCACUCGGGUAUGAACCACCACGGCAAUGCCUCUCAAUCUCACUCUUCACAUCCUUAUCAGGAGCACUCGAGCCACUCUUCUCAACAUUACCGCCACAGCAACAGCCAUCAUCAUCAUCAGCAACCAUCAGCACAGCAACAUGGACAUGGGUCCUCUCGACCACGGACGGUUUCGAUGUCCCCGCGUGAUGACCAUCGCGUAAUUGGACAACAGCCAGUAUCAUCUUCACAAUAUAAUAUGGAGCGACUUGGGCCUCAUUCACAGCAAGAGGGAGUGAUUGAUCUCGUCAUGUCCUCUCCGACUUUAGAGGAUCCACACCAGCCAGCGCAGCAUCAACGACAAGGCCAGUCAGUCAACGGCGAGAGUGAUCAUGGACAUGGAUAUGGGCAUGGGCAUGAGCAUGGCAUGUUGAGCUCCCCAGAAAAAAGUCCGCGGAUGGAGAGGAGCAAGGUGCAUGAUAGACCAUCAGCAAAGGCAGAUGUGCCCGAGGAUAUGGAGACGUACGGACAAGGCGGGUUGGUGAUGGCAGCAGUUGAGACAGGGACGAGGACAGAGGGCUACCGCACGGAGACCGGGGUUGUUGGGUUGAAGGAGAAGUAUCACGCGCUGCGGACUGGAGAGGCAGGCGAAAUCGAUUUGACGGUAGAGCGCUCUGCGGAGGAGACGAUGGGGCCUGAGGCACAGACGGCGGAGCUACGGAUCAAUGAACCGCAUCACAGCUAUAUCGAUAACUAAUAUCCGUUGCUUCCUAGAAAAAUAGGAAGAAGAAUGGGAAGAAAUGGCAAUAAAAUGAACAAACAAUGCAAGUUGAUGCCGGUGCCAUACAAUGCCAUGCCACUCGACACCCAUAUCGUUUUGGACUAGCUCUGCUGAACAAUUGA